AUGGAUUCUGAUGAAACAAAGCAGCCAAGGAGAGAAAUUAACAAAGGCAAAGGGAUACAGAUUGAGGAAACCGAACAAGACGAAACCGGUCCAGACGUGGAUGUGACUGAUAAAGUUGGAGGUUCUUCCGCACGAAAACUAUUUGUUGGAGGCAUUGCUCCGGAGACAACAGAAGAAUCUCUUAGGAAGUAUUUCAGCCAGUUUGGAGAGAUAACUGAUUCUGUAAUAAUCUCGAAUAAAAGAGGAAGUCCACGGGGAUAUGGUUUUGUUACAUAUGCUGAGUCGGAAAUUGCAAAAGAAGUUUUAGAGGAAGAUCAUAUCAUAGAUGGUAGAGCGGUGUUAGUGAAGAAAGAAGUACCUAAGGAGGACAUGCAUGUUAAAAGAGCAUCAAAAACAAGGAAAAUUUUUAUUGGUGGUCUUCCAAGAUAUUAUACUGAAGAUGAUUUGAAGGAACAUUUUUCUACUUAUGGCUAUAUUUUGAGGCAUCGGAUCAUGCGGGAUAAUUACACUGGUCGAUCCCGAGGCUUUGGCUUUGUGACUUUUGCUAAUGAAAAAGCAGUUGAAGAGGUUUUCUCAGACGGAUGUAUGCACGAACUUGGUGGAAAACAAGUUAAAAUUGAGAGGGCCGAGCCAAUUAGAGCUGAUGUUGAACAUGCAAGUGAAAACUGGCUACAUCAUGGUGGGAGUAUUUCAAAAUCGCAUUAUGGUGAUUGUGAUUCUGCAGAAGGUUUUGGUUGUGCAUAUGGUGGAAACACAGGUGCAGGUCAUGGUGGAUAUGGAGGAUAUGAAGGAUACGGCAAUUAUGGUGGGUAUGGUUCAGGUCCUACGGUAUUUUACCCUGUAUAUGGUGGAUCCAAUUAUGUAGUUGGGUUUGGUGGAGCUAUGUAUGGCUCAACUGGUUAUGGAGGGAGCAGCUAUGGCGCACCUGGCUACUAUGGUGGUAGUACUGGUGGAGCUAUGCAUGGUGCAUCUGGUUAUGUAGGCAGCAGCUAUGGUACACCUGUCAACUAUGGUGGUAGUACUGGUGGAGCUAUGUAUGGUGCAGCUGGUUAUGGAGGCAGCAGCUAUGGUGCACCUGUCAACUAUGGUGGGAGUACUGGUGGAGCUAUGCAUGGUGCGGCUGGUUAUGGAGGCAGCAGCUAUGGUGCACCUGUCAACUAUGGUGGUAGUACUGGUGGAGCUAUGUAUGGUGCAGCUGGUUAUGGAGGCAGCAGCUAUGGUGCACCUGUCUACUAUGGUGGUAGUACUGUUGGAGCUAUGUAUGGUGCAGCUGGUUAUGGUGGCAGCGGCUAUGGUGCACCUGUCAACUAUGAUGGUGGUACCGGUUAUGCCAGCAGUAACAGAUAUGGGAGCACUGUUGGCAAUCCUACUGGUUAUGAUAAUGCAAACAGGUAUGACAGUCGUGGAAGCACUGCUGGCAAUCCUGCUGGUUAUGAGAAUGCAAACAGAUAUGACACUGGUGGCAGCAGUGGUGGUGCUAAUGCAUAAUGAAAUAACGGUGCUGCUAGUGGGAGGUUUCAUCGUUAUUGGAAAAGGCAAGUCUGCCUAUGAGGUGGCAAAAAUUUGAUGACUACCAUCAUUGCGUAAAAUGUUUGCUGAUGGUGUUUGUUUCAUUUGGGGUUUAUGAUUUUGGUGACGAAGUUAAUUUCUUACCCGCACUAACUUCCAGAUCCAGUAGCUGUAUUCGCCUGUCAACUUGGU